CUCUCCCAUUAGUCCAAGGAACAACCACUUCUUCAGGACCUCAACACAUUUAUAAAAGCCUGUGCAAUCUCCUACAAGUUUUAUCAAAAAACUACCUACUUUUCUGCUUCAUAGUGAUUUACACAAAACCAAAGAGAUCAACAUGAGUCCCAUUGGCUUGUCCUUCCUCUUCCUCCUUUCUUUGGCACUUUUCUCCAUUGCUAGAGGUCAAGAAAGGGCCCCUCAUGGGCUUGUUUACGAGAGCCCUUUAGCUUUUCCACCAGCAGCAUAUGACUUCUUUCAUCCCAAUGCUCGAAAGCCUGAGACUAGAGACCCAUGUACGGCAUCCAAAUGUUCACCACUGCCUAUAGCAGCUCAAGUGGAUGACAACACUCAAAUAUAUGAGAACAAAGCUUCAGAAAUGCAGAAAGGUGAGAAACAAAUUGGAGCUGGGGGUGUAGCUGGCAUUAUUGUUGCUGUUGCCUUUGUUGUGCUUUUAGCUAUGGGAAUCUACUAUGUUAAGGUCACUCGCCAAGCCAACAUGAGUCGAGCCAAUAACAGUGUUUAGUCUCAUGCUUGAUGUGCCUUCUUUAAUCACAUCAAAACCUCGACUUAGAACAAAGCAAAAAUACUCUUCCACUUUGCCCAAAUUCUCAAAAAAAUCCUUUCCCUAACCAUAUAUGUGUGUAUGUAUCUCACUGUCUUAUUUCUCAGCACUAGUUCCAUUUCCCGUUGUUUAUGGUUUGACAAUGUAACAUGGUUGUGAUAGUGAUUAAUAUCAAAUUUGGAUGUUUAGACAA